UCUCAGCGGAGCUGGGUCGGGCUAGUGAAGCUCCGGUUUUAGGGUGUGCGGACCCCCUGGAGAAUGACCGAGGUCGGUGCAAAUUGGUUGUGACUGCCGUCACAGUGUCAUCUACGCCCCAUCCGAGCAAGAUCACCAAGACCUGGAUUCUUUGUGGUUGUGAAUUAUUUAGCCAGAUUGAGCCUCAGUUUUCCCAGCUGGAAAGUGGAACUAAUUGUACAUAUCCACUGGGAUGUUCAUGAGCUAGGUAGUAUUACCAUAUGACCGAGAACAUGGCAGAAGAAGAGGACUAUAUGUCGGAUUCCUUCAUUAAUGUUCAAGACGACGUCAGACCGGGUGUGCCAAUGCUGAGGCAGAUCCGAGAAGCCCGUCGAAAAGAAGAAAAGCAACAGCAAGCUAAUCUGAGAAACAGACAGAAGAGCGUGAAAGAGGAAGAGCGGGAAAGACGUGACAUCGGAUUGAAGAAUGCCCUCGGCUGUGAAAACAAAGGGUUCGCUUUGCUCCAAAAGAUGGGAUACAAGAGUGGGCAGGCUCUGGGCAGGAGCGGAGACGGUAUUGUUGAACCAAUUCCUCUCAAUGUCAAAACAGGAAAAAGUGGCAUAGGUCACGAGUCAUUAUUAAAGCGGAAAGCAGAGGAGAGGCUGGAAAACUACAGGAAAAAAAUUCACAUGAAAAACCAAAACCUAGCAGAGGCCACCGAGCAGUUUCGGAUGCGACUGAAGAGUAAGCAGGAUGAAAUGAGGCUGGAAGGAGACCUGAGAAGAAGCCAGCGAGCUUGCCAGCAGCUGGAUUCCCAGAAGAAUAUUCAGGUUCCCAGGGAGGCGUGGUACUGGAUGAGGCCCGAAGAGGAGACUGAGGAAGAGGAAGAGGAAAAGGAAGAGCAGGAUGAAGAUGAGUGCCCAAGUGAAGAUUUGAGUGUGACAGAAAAACUGCACAUCCUCACUGGCUACUUACGAGAAGAACAUCUGUACUGCAUUUGGUGUGGGACAGCCUAUGAAGAUAAAGAAGACUUAUCUUUGAAUUGCCCAGGACCAACGUCUGCGGAUCAUGACUGAGAUUGCUCCCAAUAAAGUAAAAUUGUUUAUGUGGGUAGGGAAAAAAGGCCUUUGUAUAGCACUUUAUUCUUUGAGAAAUAUGUUUUUCUUUGGAUAAAAUUGCUCACUGAUUUAGGUAGAUGUUACUGUUACUUCCAAAUCCAAGUACCAUAGACAGGAACUAUUAGGACUUAGGUGGCCUCGUGAUGCUUGUGGAGGUUAGGGUACCAACAGGUAACGGACUUAGUGCCCUCCUUACUGUGGAUAAAUUGAGAAGUAAGAUACGGUAAUAGGAAGAAAUCAGUUGUCUGCUUUAGGGCUGUACCUGGAUGGAAGAAGGCCUGCCAAGCCUGUCCAAGAUCCUGAGUUCAGUCACCAGCACGACAAUUAAGCCCACUGGCAUGAAGCUGGAAUACAGAACAAGGCCAGCUCUUUCUAAUCAGACUACCUAGUAGUUAUUUGGAAAAAUGGCAUGCCUGACCUCUGCCUGUGGAGCCUGCUUUGUGUUCUAGAACCGGUGUCUUGAAUUUUAUCCUGGUUUGUCUUUUAGAAUAAACACAGCUGUUAAGAAUA